AAACAAUGAAUUGUGGAUCACCACAUCAAAAACUAAUGAUGUAUUAUUGUAUUGUGACUAACAUAAUAAAAUAAAAAUAAAUGAUUGUAAAUACAGACGGCAUCUUAUGCCUCUUGUGGCCUGAAAGGACAACAAAGUUUGUACUGAAAGGCAACCAUCCGGGUCAGAGAUUUUCAAGUUGACAGAUAUGCACAUAACUUCAUCUUGACCUUCUUUCUUUCACUAAACUCAGUAUUCCUGUUCUGAUUGUUAUCCCCCUCUGUAAUGACUCCCACAGAAAACAAAAAUCCACCCCCCCUGCAUUUUCUCUCCACUGAGUUCUUUCCUCCAUAGCUACACAAAAGAAAGGUGUCUAAUCCAGACCUCUUUCAUAUGACAGUUUGUCAAAUUUUGUGUACAAUCAUGGACAUGUUUCUCUUUUGCAGGUUAAAUAUCCCCAGCCCCUUCGAUUAUGUAAUAAUUUAUCACUAUCCUAGUCACUCCUCGAAAUUGGCCAAUUGUGUCAGUGUCCCAUGCUGAACAGUGAGUCCAGAAAUGUCCUAAUUAAUCCAUUUCUCAGGCCUGAAAGGCUUUGUAAUUAUUCUUAACUAGUCACCUUCUGCAUAACAUUACCUUAUCUACAUAUGGCACUUUACAGCAAGCACAUUUUCCUUUUCUACUUCUCCCACCUCCAUCCCUUCCUGGUUCAGGCCCUCAACCCCGGGCCUGCAUCCUGUGUCCGUUUUUUGCUUCCUUGCCUGCUGCUGCCAUCCCUGUACUCCUUACACAAUACUGCCACAUGUGCGUCAGCAAACACACAUUGAGCACCUGUGAUGUGCAGUGCUCCUGCUUCAGGGCAUCGUUUAUGAUCUCAGUGGAAGACACUGAAGUCUCAACAUUUGGACAAGGAGCUCUGCCUAGCAGCUCUUGAAGAGGCGGCUGGAAAGCAGACCAGGAGCAUCCCCAACCCUGGCAAUUUCCUCCCAGGCAUAGACCCCUAUGCUUCCAGGGCAAACUCCAGCAUGGGGUGAGGUACAGAAGAGAGACUUGAGGGGUGUACUCUGGCACUCAGUUACCAAACCUGCGCCCUAGAUCAGGGGUACAGAACAUCCUGCUCCAAAAGCAUGAGAAGAGAACAUCCUGUAUUGGCCACUCCUGCCCAGUGUAGAGAGGAGCAAAACUCCAGAGCCCACCCCUGAAGGCCUUCAGAAAACUGAAAGCAGCGCGCAGUUUGAGGCGGCAGACCCCGGCGUGGGAGUGGCAAACUCCAGCCUGGAUCCCGAGCGCCCCCCAGCCUAGCCCUCACCAUGCUCGCUGCAUCAGAGACGGUGGCGGCCGCGGCAGGAAGGCCUUACGUGUGCAGUGAGUGUGGCAAGAGCUUCCGCUACAGUUCGGUGCUGCUGCGCCACGAGCGUGCCCAUGGCGGCGACAGCCGCUACCGCUGCCUUGACUGCGGUGAGCGCUACGCACUGGCAGCCGACCUCCGUGCACACCGAUGCGCCCACGCUGGCCAGACGCUCUACAUCUGCAACGAGUGCGGCCAGAGCUUCCGUCACAGUGGCCGCCUUGACCUGCACCAGAGCACACACAGACAGCGCAGCCGCUCCUGCCCUUGCCGCACCUGUGGCCGCAGCUUCACACACCUCUCGGCUCUGCUGCUGCACCGCCGCCGCCGGCAUCCCCCCGAGCAGCCCUGCCGCUGUCCCUUGUGCGCCCGCGCCUUCCGUCAGAGCGCGCUGCGCUUCCACCAGGCGCGGGCACACCCGUGGGGGACACCUAUCCAGCCUCUCGACCCGCUCCACCGCUGUGCACAGUGCCCACGGGCCUUCCACAGCUACGCAGGGCUGCGGAGCCACGCACGCGUCCACGCGGCCCGGAGCACUGGUGACGCCACAGCUGAUCAGCCCAACGCUCUGGGUACACACCAGUGCAGUGUGUGCGGGAAGAGUUUUGGCAAGAGCUCCACACUAACACGACACCUGCAGACGCACUCAGGUGAGAAGCCUUUCAAGUGCCCGGAGUGUGGAAAGGGCUUCUUGGAGAGCGCCACGCUGGUGCGCCAUCAGCGAACGCACACGGGUGAGAAGCCCUAUGCGUGUGGGGACUGUGGGCGCCGCUUCAGCGAAAGUUCCACCCUGUUGCGCCACAGGCGGAGCCAUCAGGGAGAGCGGCCACACGCAUGCGCCACGUGUGGCAAGGGCUUCGGGCAGCGCUCCGACCUAGUGGUGCACCAGCGCAUUCACACGGGUGAGAGGCCCUUCCCGUGCGCCGAGUGCGGCCGCCGCUUCAGCGACCGCUCUGACCUUACCAAGCACCGGCGCACACACACAGGUGAGAAGCCCUACCAUUGUGAGUUGUGUGGCAAACGCUUCACAUGCGUAUCCAACCUCAACGUGCACCGACGCAACCACGCUGGGCACAAGCCCCACAAGUGCCCCGAGUGCGGCAAGGCCUUCAGUGUAGGCUCCAAGCUGGCGCUGCACCGCAAGACUCACCUGGGCGAGCGGCCGGCGGAAUGUGCGGAGUGUGGCAAGUGUUUCAGCCACAGCCGCUCGCUCUCCCAGCACCAGCGGGCCCACACGCGCGCUCGGGCCGCCACCCAGGCCACCCAAGCCACCGUAGGGGCUGCACUCAUCUUUGCUGGGCAGGCAGAACAGGAAAAGCUGGACUUUUUGUGUCCUAGUUGAGGGACACUUG